CUGCUACUCCCUGCCUUACAAACCCAGCGGGCCUGGAGCACAAACAAAAGCGUCUGGAGGCCGAGAGGCAGCGCCCUCUCCCACCCCGGGGACACGCAGGCUCCCUCCGCCGUCCCGCCCCGUCGCUGCCCCGGCCCACCCCGGAUCUCUCUGCUCCGGGCCCGCCCCGCGCCUGCUGCCUUCCGGACAGAUCUUGCUGACAUGGCGUGGCUGGGCCUUGCGCUCUUUGCCCGGGCGUCCCACCUGCCCUGUGGCUUCUGUCCUCGGCGGUUUUUCAGUCAUGGAACAAAAACAUUGUAUCAAAACAUUGAAGCUCCACAGUCUAAAUUCUUUCGUCCCCUUCAGAAAGCUAUGCUACCACCUGAUACUUUUAAAGGAAAAGUGGCAUUUAUUACUGGAGGGGGUACCGGCCUCGGCAAAGCGAUGACAACUUAUCUGUCCAGCUUGGGUGCUGAAUGUGUGAUAGCCAGCCGGAAUGCUGAUGUUCUGAAAGCUACUGCAGAACAAAUUUCUUCUCAAACUGGAAAUAAGGUUCAUGCAAUUCAGUGUGAUGUGAGGAAUCCUGACAUGGUUCACAACACCGUGCUGGAACUGAUCAAAGUCGCAGGCCAUCCUGAUGUCGUGAUAAACAACGCAGCAGGGAAUUUUAUUUCUCCCACUGAAAGACUCUCUCCUAAUGCUUGGAAGACGAUAUCUGAUAUAGUUCUAAAUGGCACAGCUUAUGUGACACUGGAAAUUGGAAAGCAGCUCAUUAAAGCACAGAAAGGGGCAGCAUUUCUUGCCAUUACAACAAUCUAUGCUGAGACAGGAUCUGGUUUUGUUGUACCAAGUGCUUCUUCCAAAGCCGGUGUGGAAGCCAUGAACAAGUCUCUUGCAGCAGAAUGGGGUAAAUAUGGAAUGAGAUUCAAUGUCAUUCAACCGGGGCCUAUAAAAACCAAAGGUGCCUUCAGCCGCCUGGACCCAACUGGAACAUUUGAGAAAGAUAUGAUUGACAGAAUUCCUUGUGGCCGGCUGGGGACUGCGGAAGAGCUUGCAAAUCUCGCUAUUUUCCUUUGUAGUGAUUAUGCUUCCUGGAUUAGUGGUGCAGUCAUUAGAUUUGAUGGUGGAGAGGAAGCAUUUAUUUCAGGUGAAUUCAACAGUUUAAGAAAGGUCACCAAGGAAGAGUGGGAUACAAUAGAAGGACUCAUUCGAAAGACAAAAGGCUCCUAAGAUCACUGUACCCCUCAUCCAAGACACUGCACCGCUCAUACAGAUCACUGUACCCCCUCAUCCAAGUCCAAAUUAAGGCGUAGAAAUGGUAUAAACUGACUGUAAUCUUUUGAGUAUUUUCAAUUCUAAUAAAGUUUUAAUUACCACACAUUUUCUGACUACAUACUAUGUGCUAGGCCAGUGGUAGCCAUUUAUGUAUUUAAAGGUAAACAAGAGGGGGAAAUGAUCUCUUUAAAAAAGUUUUUUUAAAUGGAUGAGAGUAGGUAGAGGCUUUGAUAGAGGUAAAAAAUGCUUUGAAAUGCAGAGCAAGUAAUAGGUUAUUUGUAAUUUGGAAAAUCAGUAGAAACCUAAUGGGAGAAAUAGCAUUUCAGUUAUGCAUUACACCCUGGGUAUUGUAUGGUGUGAAAAGAAUGAAAUGGAAGAUCUACCAUAAAUUUUAAUGGACUCUACCUUUUCAGCAUGUUUCUUUUCAUUUAGACUUGUGAAUUAUCCUCUCUAGAGAGCUUUCCAUGUUUAUGAGACCUUAUUUUGUAGCCAGAUGUUUUAUUUAGUACCUAAUAACCUAUAGCUCUUUGCACUUAAAACUUCAUUAUCCAGCAGGAUAGACAGACCUAUAAAUAAUUACUUAUGUUACAUUGUGGUAACCAUUAUUGCAGCAAUACUAAGGUGUAGAGAAGUGGUAGUUCAUUUGUCUCCAAGUUUAGAGAAAAUCACUCCUACGACAUAGCAUUUCAUCUUGGCUUUAAAAGAAUAGAUUUCUCUGGACAAGAAGGUGAACAAGUCUCCUAAAAUAUUUUGUGUAUAAUUUAAUUAAAUUUCAUAUUGGCUAAUUUGUAAUAAUGUAUUGGCUAAUUUGUAAUAAUGAAAAUCUGUAUUUGUAUUGGCUAAUUUGUAAUAAUGAAAAUCAGAUAAUAAAAAAACCAGUCUUAAGUUGAAAAACUUAA